UAUUGAUGGCUUACAUUCCUCCACACAAGCGUCACUCAUACGAAGCUGCUAGUAGUAGUGAAUCUAGUGAUAUGCAUAAUAGACCCUCACCAAUCCCACAAUCCCUUGUUCCUCAAUUCAGAAGAAAUCUUAAUUUGAGGUUGCCACACAAAACCUUUUCACAAAGAAGUGGAAAGAUUGUUUAUAAUUAUGCAGAGCAGGCUAUUUCCACAUGGUUUCCUGUUGGUUUGGAUCACAAUCACCAGUUUCCAUCUUCUGUACAUGUUACCCCAGUUCCCUUGCAACUUUUUGGGAGAACAACAGGAACAAAUCCACUAGUUUUGUUCAAUAACAACAACAAUCAUCCAGUUGAGCAAGUGAGGAGUCCAUGGGUGUAUAUAGCAGAAAAUGUUGUGUCAGACUUGCUUUCUUCUUUCGAGAAUGUCAGGAAUGAAAAGUUGGACUUGGAAGACGUCAAGCCAAAGUUGGUUGCUAGAUUCGGAAAGAUUCUUUUUCAUGAGAGUCCUUCAAUCAGCGAAGAAACUACAAGAGUAGGUUUGGCUGCAGAAACUACAUUGAGUCAAUUGAGGAGAUCAUUUUACACAAAUAUUCCUAAUUCAUAUAUGGAAAACAUUAUGGGAGAAGUUGCCCAAAAGAUUAAAGUUGAUUUUGAAGAGGAGAAAGAUUUAUACCAUGUACAGUUGUCUGAUGCCACACUACCAGAUUCAACUAUUUCUUGCAAAUGCAGUGUGAUAAAAGAAGACAAAAGGCUUCAACUUUGUAAGAUUGAACUACACCAAUUGCGUCAUAUGGUCAUAGACAUAUCGUGCCUUGAUAAAAACUUAGACCUAAGGCUGAUGCUAUCCACCAAGAGGACCUUAACAGCUUUCACUGAUGAUGAGAUGCAAAGCAUUAGAAGUCUUAUUAAUUCUGCAAUUCUAGAUCAAGAUGUGAAGGGUUGGUUGAGAUGGCCCUUGGGGAAGGCAUCUUCUGGAGCCUGA